ACCUCGUUUUUAUGGCUUAAUCCAGAUUUUACAAUAUUUGGUUUGAUCGUUUAAUGCUAAUGAAUAAUGAAUAAUGUUGUUUGACACACAAAAAAUCCAACUGUGUUAUUAUUCAAUGCGCGCUCAAACUAGAUAUGCUGAGAGUAUUACACUAAAACACAUUUCUGUAAGUUUGUGCCCGUGAAGUAUUAGCAAGAGGGCGGGAAUAACAGGAUUGUGGAGCUGGAAAACCCGUGGACAGGCGGCUGACUGCCUGAAGUUGUCCUUGAGGAAUGUAAGACAGAGAGGAGAAAAUGAACGUCCAGACUCCAUGCUGAUAAAGAAAAUAUUGCGAAAACAACUUAUAUAGCUUUAAUAUUCUGUCAGAUCUGGAGGUUUGGAGUAAUCUAAAUGAACUCUGUGGACGCCCGUGGAAAUAGAAAUGGAAUGGAAACGGUACAAGAAUCUUCCAAAAUUAUCCAUCUGUCCCCUCAGUCCCUGAACGAUUCUCUGGAUGAAGAUGUUCGGUUGUUCCUCACAGAUGAGGACCAGCUUCAUACUUAUGAUGACCUCACCAAAGUAAAUCCUGUGACACCUUCAACAGUGUUGAAAUGCCUGCAGGCCAGGUACAGUGCAAAGGUGUUUUACACUCAUGCAGGCUGCACCUUAGUGGCUUUGAACCCUUUCCAGCCCAUCCCAUACCUGUACUCUCUGGAUGUGAUGAGAGAGUAUCACUGCAGUCCUCAGCCUCAGGAAUCCAAACCACACAUUUUUAUUGUGGCCGAAGAAGCCUACAGGAAUGUGAAGGGUCAGUUGGAACCUGUGAACCAGUCAUUGGUGGUCAGUGGUGAGAGUGGGGCUGGAAAGACAUGGACCUCUCGAUGUCUCAUGAAAUAUUAUGCCACUGUAGCUGCAUCUUCAUCUGUUGCAAAGAGUCAGAACACAGUGGAAAGGAUUGAGAGGAGGGUGUUGGACUCCAACCCAAUCAUGGAAGCCUUUGGAAACGCUUGUACACUACGAAACAACAACAGCAGUCGCUUUGGGAAGUACAUUCAGCUUCAGCUGGACAGGUGUCACCUGUUAGUGGGAGGGUCUGUGCAAACAUAUCUGCUGGAGAAGACUAGAGUGGCCUUUCAACCAACUGGUGAAAGAAACUUUCAUAUAUUUUACCAGAUGAUGAAAGGAGCGACCACUGAGCAAAGAAAAGAGUGGAAAACGCACUAUGAUCAAGUUUUUGCCUGGCUUCCACAUGCAGAUAAAACUUUAGAGGAGGAUUGUUUCGAGGAGACCCUUGAGGCCAUGGGGCAUCUGGGUAUUGACACUGAACAACAAAGGGAAAUAUUUAGGAUAUUAGCAGGGAUUUUGCACCUGGGAAAUGUACAGUUUUCCUCUCCUUCAGAUUAUUCACAACCGUGUGACCUCGAGGGACAGUCUAAAGGUGCCAAAAAGUGUUUUAGCUUUAAUUUGAACAAACACUAAAAUAAACUGAAAUCUUAUAUUUCACCAGACUACCUCCAAAUUGCUGCUGAGCUUUUGGGAGUCACUGCUGAGGAGCUAGAGGCCUGUUUGCGAGUAAGAACACUGAAGGCCGGGAGGCAGAGUGUACUAAAGCCGUGCUCCCAAACUGAGUGUACUGUCAGGAGAGACUGUC